GCGGUGAAGAUCGAAAAGCUCUCGAAAUCGGCGAUCGAAGAGCGACUCCCCGGCUGGGGGAGCCACAGCCCUGAUAAAUGCUGGUGGAAGUCAAUGGUCAGGGACUGGGAAAAGCACAACUACGGUGAUGAUGAUAAGAAGGAUGCCGAUAGAAAGAGAAAGGAAAAUCCUUCGCAGCCGGACCCAAACUGGGGCAAGGAAGGGAUGAAGAAGCGAGCGAAGGAUGAUGCAGUGAUCAAGGUUGACGAUGAACCAGGUGAAGAGACGAAGUCCCUUGAAGAGAAUAAGGGCGCCGAUUCGAGCAAAGAUCACGAAAAGAAGAAAGAAGAGAAGACAAAGGAUGAAAAGAAGAAGGACGAUCGCAAGAAAGAUGACAAGAAGAAGGACGAGCAGAAAAAGGAUGAGAAGAAAAAGGAUGAUAAGAAAAAGGAAAAGAAAGAGGACAAGAAGCGAGCUGAAAGCCCUGAGAAGCGCGAUCGGGAAAAGGGCCCCGAGAACUUGGAAUGA